AGAAUCAAAGCCUAACCCCCAAUUUCUAAACCCUCUCUCUCUCUCUCUCUCUCUCUCAAGACUGCCAUUUUCUCUGUGAAUUUUUCUUCCACAGAAUUACUGCAACUUACUAGGGAGAUAUUUGGCCAGACCGAAGUUACCAGAAUAAGGGAGGGAGGGAGUUAAAAAAAUACCCAAGCAUAUCUUGUACCAGUAAAAAGAAUGUCAAAUGAACAAAAAGGAGAAGAAGAUCAGCAAACCACAGGUGCCCCAGUUCUUGGAUGGAGAGCAAUGGUAGAAGAACGGUACCAGAAAAUCAAAGAAAACGCAGAAACUUAUCCUUACGUGUGGGCUUCAUAUAUUGUUGUGUAUGGUGGUUUUGGACUAUGGUUUACCUACAGAUGGAGGAAGCUUCGCAAGACUGAGGACAGGGUACGGGUCCUACAAGAGAGACUACGCAAGCUCGUUGAAGCUGAGGAGUCCAAAAGCUCUGCCGCAUCGGUUCAAAAGACUUCACCAUCUGCCGAUAAACCCCCCGGAUAGUUGGGUUUGCAGCUAAUUCUAUCCAGUCUCUUUUACCAUCAAUACUUCCACAGUAUGGAAACAGACUGCUUAUGCUUCCAAAAAUAGAUUUUGAGAAUUGAAGAAAUCUUAAAUGAUGAUGAUUUCAAGAGCUUGUUAGAAUUCAGGAAGAACAAUCCUCUUCCUUGUUUUUGGUCAAUAUCCAAGAUUCCAAUAUUGAUAAAAUGUUGUUUCAUAUGGUCAAGCACUGGGUGCCUUUUAGGGCUCGUUUGGAUAGUGAGAUAAAAUAAGAUAGUUUUAGAUGAG